CACAGUUUUAAUUUAAUUGACGUUUGUUCUUUAAGUUUUACGUGACUUCCCAAUUUCCAAUCACUCCUACUACUAUAUAUUUCGAUAAACAGAGAUAGAACAAUCCAAUUCUCGACAUUUAUGAAAUGAACCGUUCUUCUGGCAUUCCGAGCAUUCCAAUCUUGAGAUCGAUGUUAGCCUUUUCCAGGUCUCCAUCCCUGAUUCCCGCCUUCAGUUCCUCCGCGGACAUCGAAAAAUUUGUCACCACCAUUCCGACUAGAGAUAUUAAGAGGAUGAUAUCUACUACCACCAGGGUCAACACUUCCGCGAUAAAGUUACCCCCUUCCCGCGCCCUUUUCGAUAUCGCUAACGCUAAAGGUACCACGUCGGCCAUGGCGAUGGCGAAUUCAGAAACUUUCGGGACACCUAAAGAGGAAUUCGAGGGAAUAGAACGAGACCAUUCCAUCAUCAAGAUAAUAGUGGGGAUAGUGGUUCUGAUGUCGAGUUUUUUCAUCACGGUGGCCUUGAUUUACUUAGUGAGGACCUGUAAAUUCAAGAUACUGUCAUUGUUUUCGCACACCCUGGGAUAUAGCCUGAUAGACGGUUACCGCCCCGUCAACAAAAAAGGCUAUGGUCAUUUCGGGGCAGGUUAUAAUCUCCCCGUCACAACGAUCGAACCGCCUAUAACAGCUGAUUCGCCGCCAAUGAAACCCAAAUUUUCCGUAACAUCUCCCAAAACGACGCACCAAAAAUCUAAGGAUACAUUAUCCGCGGAUAGUGAUCACCCCGCUGGUCACUCGUCGAAAGAUGACCUUACGGAUCGCGUUGAGGUGAAAGGUUGGAACAGGGUUUUCGCUAUGAAGGAUAAAUUGGCUGCGUUAGCUGCCGAAAGUGAUUCUCUGGUAAUAGCGGAAGAGAACGAAGGUUAUAACGGCUGCCCCACUUCGAAUAAUUUAACGGUUCCAAUCAUGAUAGUGUUAGAUAGUCCCAAUGGCACUCAGAAACGAAUCAAUUAACAAAAUUGAAAAGGUGUCAAAGUUGUUCGAAAUAAUAAUUAAAUGACAUUUAUCGAUUAUAGUCCAAAUUUUUUAAAAAUUUGAAUCUCUUUUUUUUUUAGAUUUUAUUUUCCAUAUCCUUACAAAAAAAAAUAAUAUAAUUUAAAAUUUAUUAUAACGUAUUAAUUAUAUAUAGAAAUAAAAUUAUAUUUUUAUAUGCAAUAAUCAUUUGAUUAAAUUACAAUU